UUUCACUGAUGGAGAUGAAACCUCCUAUUUCCCGAGCAAAAAUGAUUCUCAUCACAAAGGCUGCCAUUAAAGCUAUUAAGCUCUACAAGCAUGUUGUCCAGAUUGUAGAGAAGUUUAUCAAAAAGUGCAAACCGGAAUACAAAGUCCCUGGAUUGUAUGUUAUUGACUCUAUUGUUCGUCAGUCCCGUCACCAGUUUGGAACAGACAAAGAUGUUUUUGGGCCAAGAUUCUCUAAAAAUAUUACUGCCACAUUCCAGUAUUUGUAUCUCUGUCCAUCUGAAGACAAGAGUAAAAUAGUGCGUGUCCUGAACCUUUGGCAGAAAAAUGGAGUAUUUAAAAUUGAAAUAAUUCAGCCUCUUCUGGAUAUGGCAGCAGGAACUAGUGCCACAGCACCAAUGACAGAAAAUGCUACUAAUAAUGAAGGCUCGCCGCCCCCUCCAGCGAAGGUUCCUUCAGAGCCCCCUCAAGUUACUGCUAACUCAGUACCUACUGUGCCACAGUUGCCCAGUUCUGAUGCCUUUGCAGCUGUAGCUCAGUUGUUUCAAACAACGCAAGGACAACAGCUUCAACAAAUUCUUCAGACUUUUCAACAGCCUCAAAAACCCCAGUCACCUGUCAUAGAUAACACUGUGAUGGCUCAGGUUCAAGCUAUUACUGCUCAGUUGAAAACUACAGCAGCACAACCGCCAGAACAAAAAGCUGCUUUCCCACCACCUGAGCAAAAAACAUCGUUUGACAAAAAGCUGCUAGAUCGGUUUGACUAUGAUGAUGAGCCGGAAGCAGUAGAAGAUUCAAAGAAAGAAGAUUCAGCUCCUUCUCCUUCAGUUUCGCAGCCAGCUUUGACCUCUCUUUCAUUCAGUGCACAGGCUGGAUGGUGCUCAAUACCUGGUGGAUUUCCAGGAGAAGCUAUACAACAGCCAGUAUUUCCUCAGCUUCCAAAUAUGGAUCCUUUUCAACAGCGGAUGAUGGGAAUACAACAGGAUCAAAUGCGUCACCAGGUUCCGCUUCCUCCUAAUGGACAAAUGCCAGGUUUUGGUCUCCUGCCUACUCCGCAGUUUCCACCUAUAGCUCAGCCUGUGAUUCCACCAACAGCACCUGUGCAGCAAACUUUUCAGUCUCCUUUUCCAGUACAGAGUGAAUCACACAUGCAAAAACCACAUCAGCAGGAUAUGGAAGUGGAACAGCCACCUAUUCAAGAGGGAAAACGGCAUGUUUCUGACAACAGAAAGUCAAGAUCUAGAUCUGCGUCAAGGUCACCUAAAAGGAGACGUUCAAGAUCUGGCUCUCGAUCUCGAAGGUCACGUCAUCGUCGAUCUCGAUCUCGGUCCAGGGAUAGACGCCGACACUCUCCUAAGUCUCGGUCACAAGAAAGACGUGAACGUGAGAGGGAGAGAGAACGCAGGUCAAAAGGUCUUCCUCAGAUCAAGUCAGAAACUGUUAGUGUUUGUAGUACUACACUCUGGGUAGGACAACUUGACAAAAGGACAACUCAACAAGAUGUUGGAAGUCUUUUGGAGGAGUUUGGCCCAAUUGAAUCAAUAAAUAUGAUACCGCCUCGAGGAUGUGCCUAUAUUGUAAUGGUUCACAGACAAGAUGCAUACCGUGCCCUACAAAAACUGAGCCGAGGAAACUUCAAAGUCAAUCAGAAAUCUAUAAAGAUUGCAUGGGCUUUGAAUAAAGGAAUAAAGCCAGAUUACAAGCAGUAUUGGGAUGUAGAAUUAGGUGUUACUUACAUACCAUGGGACAAAGUGAAACCUGAAGACCUUGAAAGUUUCUGUGAAGGAGGAAUGUUGGACAAUGAAACUCUUAGUCCAGAGUGGAAGGGGAUUCCCAAGAAGUCUGAAAAUGAAGUAGCUCAAAAUGGAGGUGCAGAAGCUACACAUAAUGAACCAGUGUCGCCUAUACCUAAAGCUUUACCUGUUCCAAUUCCCGUUCCCAUGCCUGCGCCAAUAACAGUACCUCCUCCCCAGGUUCCACCGCAUCCAUCAGGUCCUCCGGUGGUUGGUGCACUCCAACCACCAGCUUUCACGGCACCUUUAGGAAUCCCACCUCCUGGAUUUGCUCCUGGAGUGCCACCACCGCCGCCGCCUCCAUUUUUACGACCUGGGUUCAACCCAAUGCAUUUACCCCCAGGCUUUCUUCCUCCUGGACCACCACCACCUAUAACUCCUCCAGUAUCUGUUCCUCACACUCCGGCAGUAAACAUCCCAAAUUCUACAGCAACUGGUGUGAAUGAAGACACUACGAAAGAUUCGUCUGUAGGAAAUCCCAUCCCAACAGUGGUUUCUGGAUCCAGAGGGAAUGCUGAAACUACUGAUAGUUCCAAAAUAUAUGGGACUGUUCCACCUCCUGUAGCACCUACUAAUGUUCCUGCUCCUGUCACCCAAGCUAUUCCACUUCUUGCUUACUGUAUCCGCCGCCUCGUCUGCGCCUUGGACAUGUCGUUGGUGGCCAGUUCAGAUCUGAAGCAUUUUAGCCAGAUACGGCACUCAAGUGCAGCGGUUUCCCUUGAUGCCGCCGCGACACAUGCCUCCCCACAUGAUGCACAGAGGGCCCCCGCCGGGGCCAGGGAGCUUUGGGAUGCCUCCCCCCCACGGAAUGAAAACCCCCUUCCCGCCUCCAGGUCACUUUGUGAGACCGGGGGGGAUGCCGGGAAGCGGGGGGCCAGGCGGACCCGAGGAUACCAGAGACGGGAGGCAGUUCAGGCCUUGAUGCCGCCGCGACACAUGCCUCCCCACAUGAUGCACAGAGGGCCCCCGCCGGGGCCAGGGAGCUUUGGGAUGCCUCCCCCCCACGGAAUGAAAACCCCCUUCCCGCCUCCAGGUCACUUUGUGAGACCGGGGGGGAUGCCGGGAAGCGGGGGGCCAGGCGGACCCGAGGAUACCAGAGACGGGAGGCAGUUCAGGAAUGACAGGCAGACGUUCACGCCUAACAGAGACCAGGAGAGGUUUGGAAGGAGGUCUUUUGGAAAUCGGGUAGAGAACGAUCGCGAGCGCUACGGUAACCGCAACGAUGACAGAGAUCACGAGCGGCUGGGUAAUCGCGACAGGCGAGACUGGGGACGAAGAAGCCCCGAACGCGAUAGACACAGAGACUUGGAGGACAGAAACAGGCGGUCCAGUGGCCACCGAGACAGAGAUUCGAGAGAUAGGGAGUCCCGUAGAGACAAGGAAGAGAGUCGAGGAAAGGAGAAAGCGGAGAUGACAGACAGGGCCGAUGGCGACAAAAACCACGAGUCUCACAGCGGCAAAAUGGAAGACGCAGACGUUGUUUCAGAACUUGCUGCGGGAGAGUCUGACCCUACGGGCGUAAAACCUGUUGAAGAGUUAACAUCCGAGGCUACCUCAUCUGUGGAACAGGCGGACAAGGAGAUGGGCUCAGUGGCGGAGGCUCCUCGCUAGCGACUGGAAGUCGUCGAAAGAUGACAGUGACAUUUGUUGGAGUGUAGAGCUUUAGAGUUGUACAGUCUGCUGUAUGAUAUUUGCUUCUGCUUCUAUCACAGCCCCGCAGUAGUUGGUGGGGAAUUGUAAGCAAUUUGAUUGCUUCCCUUCUAUUUAAAAUAGCCACAACAUAACAUGAAAUACUGAAGAUAUGAUUAAAAUAUUACCCAUUUUUGCUGUAACUUUUUUAAAGUUUUGACUUUAAAAAGUUUACAAAUCAGAAGUAGAAGUGCUUUCUAUUUUUUUUUUUUUAAUUUAAGAAAAGGUAACGGUGAAAGCUCCUCAAAACAAUAGGGAUGUGUUUUUAAUAAACUCUAUUUUCGUAACAAA